AUGCCUAAGAAGGAUGACGACGCCAAAAAGCUGGCAUCAGAAACGGUGCCGGACCAGCGCUGGAAACUACAAGUCUUCUACCUCUGUUUCUACGGCUUCAUGGUGCAGAUCCGACCUGGGGAGAGCUUCAUCACCCCGUAUCUCCUGGGGGUGGACAAGAACUUCACGCAGGCAGAGGUGUCCAACGUGAUCACACCGGUGCUGACCUACUCCUACAUGGCCGUGCUGGUUCCCAUCUUCCUGGGCGUCUUCACCAGCUCGGUCCUGGGCCAGCUCUGCGUCACCUUGGGUGACGUCUCCUUCCUCACCCUCAACUACAUCUCGUUGGGCUUUGUCAGCUUCGGCCUCGUCCUCACCCUCUUCCUUGAGCGACCCCAACGCAGCCUCUUCUUCAACCGGCCCAAGGGGGCUGAUGAUGGAGCUGCGCCUGCCGAGCUGGACAAGAUGGCCGGGGGGGCGAGGCUGGCCAGGCAACCCCAGCUCCGGCUCUGGUCCUUGUGGUGGAUCUUCAACUCGGCUGGUUACUACCUGAUGCUGUACUACGUGCAGAUCCUCUGGAAUGAGAUCUACCCCACCACGGACAACCGCCAGGUGUACAAUGGAGGGGUGGAUGCUGCCUCCACGCUGUUGGGGGCUGGUGCCUCCUUCGCCGCCGGCUACUUGAAGAUCCGCUGGACGCUGUGGUCGGAGCUGGUGAUCGGGGUGGUGACGGCUUUCCAGGCAGGGCUGCUCCUGCUUAUGAACACCACCAGCAACAUCUGGUUGUGCUACACUGCCUAUGUCCUCUUCCGCAGCUCCUACCAGUUCCUGGUGCCCAUUGCCACUUUCCAGAUUGCUAGCUCCCUCUCCAAAGAGCUCUGCGCGCUCGUCUUCGGGAUGAACACCUUCUUCGGCACCGUGCUGAAGACCAUCAUCACCAUCAUUGUGGCUGACAAGAGGGGCUUGGGCUUAUCUGUGCAUCCUCAGUUUUACGUGUAUUUCGGCUACUUCACGCUGCUGGCGGUGGUCUACUUGCUGUCGGCUGUUUGUGUGGGCCCCGCCCGCCGCAAGCAGCCGGCGGAGCUGGCCUUGGCCAAGGAGCCGUGCCAGCUCCCCGCUGAGGUGCUGGCACAGGAGAAGAGCCCGGAGGCAGAUGCUGUAUGA